UCUUUCCGCUGGGAUCUAAUGGACAUGACUAUAAAUCCGGAGGAUUGGUCAACUUUUGCACCAGAGAUCGAGAUGUUUCAGCGACUACAUGUUAACUUCGAGGAUGUGAGUCUGAUUCAUAUUCUUCGAAGUAGGAACGAACGAGCGGAUACACUGGUAAAAGAGGCUAGAACCAGAGGUUAUAUCUCCGGAUAGACAGGAGAUGCUUUCCGGAGAAUCAAUUCGUCGUCUGACCAUCACUUUGAUCAAAUUCAUUGGGAAGCUGACAAAAAAGAAAAAAAGAAAAAAAAUAUUAUGCUACAUGAAUCUUGACUUAUUUACCUCUAGUUAACCACGUAAAGAUCAAUAGCUUUAUUAUGCCAUUAUAGACUCAUUGAUCUCUCACAUAAUAGCAUCUUGUUCACCCAUGACCCAUCCACAUAUUCACAUGCCUCAAUAUCUCUGAGAUGAGACGUGUGUAGGGGAAGUUCACUAAUCAGAUGUGUGUAGACGAGUUACAUACAUAAUGGGCCUUCAAAGCCUAUAUUACUUUUACUAGGCCCGUUUUAGAAAAUCACGUUAGCGCAGAAACUACGCAAAAGGAAGAAAAAAAACGAGAUCAGAAUCACCUGCGGGAGAGCGUAGUGAAUGAUACAUGUGCCAUUCUUCCUCACCUCGAAUCUCCUCCUCGACGUCUCUUGCUAGUGAACUGUUCGAGGGAUUUAACGUGAACACCAAGGAGAAGUGCAUCGUCAAGAUCCUCAAGCCUGUUAAGAAAAAGAAGAUAAGAAGAGAGAUUAAGAUACUUCAGAACCUAUGCGGUGGGCCGAACAUUGUGAAGCUCUUUGAUGCUGUUAGAGAUCAACAACACUCGAAAACUCCGAGUUUGAUAUUUGAGUACGUCAACAGCACGGACUUUAAAGUUCUGUACCCUACACUGACUGAUUACGACAUUCGUUACUACAUCUAUGAGCUCUUGAAGGCAUUGGAUUACUGCCACUCGCAAGGGAUCAUGCACAGAGAUGUGAAGCCUCACAAUGUUAUGAUUGACCAUGAGCUGCGUAAGCUUCGGCUGAUAGAUUGGGGUCUUUCUGAGUUUUACCACCCUGGGAAGGAGUACAAUGUGCGUGUGGCAUCAAGAUACUUUAAGGGACCUGAACUUCUUGUGGACUUGCAAGACUAUGACUAUUCGUUGGAUAUGUGGAGCCUUGGUUGUAUGUUUAUUACAGAAUGUUUCUGAUUUGGCCUAAUAUUCAUUGAAUAGAUAUUCCGUAAGGAACCUUUCUUCUACGGGCAUGACAAUCAGAAUCAGCUUGUGAAAAUCGCCAAGGUACUAGAUCUCAUUUUUUCCAUUGUCGUCGCCACAAACAUAUCUCUCUACUUGUUUGUUAUUCAUAGGUACUUGGGACAGAUGAGUUGAAUGCAUAUCUAGAUAAGUACCAGUUAGAACUUGAACCACAACUUGAAGCACUCGUUGGGCGGCAUAGCAGGAAGCCUUGGUCCAAAUUCAUCAACGCGGACAAUCAGCAUCUAGUCUCACCCGAGGUUUACUAUUUUAACUUAAAGGAAAUGGGUUUUAGCUUGGGGUUUUAACAGAGGUUGUAUCUUUAAACACAUGUAGGCGAUUGAUUUCCUGGACAAGCUGCUCCGGUAUGAUCAUUAAGACAGACUUACUGCAAAAGAAGCCAUGGUACGUUUGUUAGCAAAUAUAAAUAUAAAAAAGCGCACUUUCUCACAUUUUUGUUUCAAUCGCAUUUUGAGGCAAAUAGAUUUUUUUUUUUGUUGGUUUGAUGACACAGGCACAUGAUUACUUCGCGCAAGUAAGGGCAGCAGGAUGAGAAGUCAAUGAAACUCAGCAGGAGUGAGAGAUCUGUCUGGCAGUAAUGUACACGAUUGAGUUUAUUUUGUCAGUAAUGUACACGAUUGAGUUUCAAAAAAAAGGAAUGCCACACGCUCAUAUUCUUGUCUUUAUGGAAAAAGGAUCAAAAUUUCCAACAGCCGAUGAUAUAGAUAAGAUUAUUUCCGCUGAAAUACCAGACAAGACAGUAGAUCCAGACCUGUAUGUGAUCGUUGGGGAUUGUAUGAUGCAUGGUCCUUGCGGUGCAGCAAAGAAGGAUAAUGUAUGUAUGGUUAACGGUAAAUGUUCUAAGAUGUUUCCGAAACCUCUCAACAUCAGGACAUCGAUUGACACAAAUGGAUUUCCAGCUUACAUGCGUCGGAUUGAUGGUAGGUUCAUUGAGAAAAUGGAAUCAGAUUAGACAAUGGAUUUGUUGUACCAUAGAACAGAGACCUCAUGCUUCGAUAUCGCGCACAUAUGAAUGUAGAGUGGUGCGUCCAAACACGAGCUGUUAAGUAUCUUUUCAAAUAUAUUCAUAAGGGACCUGAUUAUGCUUCAGCUGCAAUGGAUAAAGAAGAUGAAGAUGGCGUCAUUGACGAAAUCAAAACAUAUUACGAUUGCAGGUAUUAUUAUAUUUAUACCAAUUCGUGUUACUAUUUUGAAAGUACUAUAUUCUAUAAAUAUAUAACAACAUAUUAAAAAUUCAGUAGAAACUCUAUAAGCUAUUCAUCAAUUAUAGAAGAUUAAUAAAUUAAUAUUAAUUAGAAUAUUGAACUUUAUACAUUAACUUCAUUUCUCCAAUCCAAGUUUGCGCAAAUGUACUAUUAAAAAAAUAUAAUACGAAAAAAUACUAAGAUAAUAAAGGGAAGACGUCAAGUUAGUUAAAUAUGUAAUUAUCAAUUUAAUACAAAAUUUGUAUUCUACGCUAUAUCUUUGCAAAGGAAACGAAAAUACAUCAAUAAUCUAUUACUAUUAGUACAAAUAUAUAUGUAUAAGCUUUAAAAAAUAUAUAAUAUCAUAGAUGAAAUUUAUAUAACUCAUUUGUUUACAAUAAAAUAAAUACAUUAUUAACAAAUAGAGUUUAUCAGUCUUUUACAUUUAAAGUCUACGUUCAUCUUUACUCAUUUAUGUUUUCGUAUUUCUUAAUUAGAUAUAUUACUGCAUGCGAGUCGUCUUGGCGGAUUCUUGCUUUUCCUACACAUUUUCGUACUACUUCUGUAGAGAAACUUGGCUUUCAUCUUCCGGAUUAGGAACUGGUAUUUUUUGAUGAAGACGAACCUAUUGAGAGUAUUCUCAACAAAAAUACUGUCAACCAAUCCAUGUUUUUGGCCUGGUUCAUAGCAAACAUAAAAUAUGCAGAGGCAAGAGAGUUGACAUAUGCGGAAUUUCCAACAAAAUUUGUUUGGAAAUCAGGUACGAGAGAAUGGGUACCACGGAAACGAGGCUUUGCGAUAGGGAGGAUUGUGCAUAUUCAGCCAUCAAGUGAUGAGCUAUACUUCUUAAGAGUAUUGCUAAAUUGAGUAAGAGGGCCGACAUCAUACGAGGAUAUAAGAACAGUUGAUGGUGUUUUAUAUCAUACAUACGAAGAUGCUUACUAUGCGUUGGGAUUGAUGGAUGAUGACAAGGAAUUAGUUCUGCCACGUAUGCCAGGAAGCUUUUUGCGAGAAUGUUGGUUUCCAAAUCGUUGUCUCAGCCUCAUAUUGUGUGGGAAGCUACUUGGGAGUAUCUUACCGAUGAUAUUCUUUACAAGAAGCGGCGAGAAACUGGACGACCUGAUAUGAACUUGACCAUAGAGCAGAUCAAAAAUAUUGCUCUUACUGAGAUCGAAAAUCAUUUGCUCAGCAAUGGUCGUAGCCUCAAGAAAUGGCCCCACAUGCCAAAGCCAGAAGAUUUUGGCUCUUACAACGGCAAUCGCCUUAUAGAUGAUGAGCUUAAUUAUGUUGUGGAAGAUCAGCUAAAGGAAAAUGAAAGACUUAUGGCGAUGAUAACUGAUGAGCAAAGAGGGGUAUACAAACAGAUUCUGGAUGCAGUUUUAAAUGAUAGCGGUGGAGUGUUCUUUCUUUAUGGUUAUGGAGGCACAUGAAAAACCUUCGUAUACAGAGCACUCUCAUCAGCUAUCCGAUCUAAAGGUAUGAUUGUUCUAAAUACCGCAUCAAGUGGAAUUGCAGCAUUAUUGUUGGAAGGAGGUAGAACCGCACAUUCCAGAUUUGGUAUUCCGAUAGAUGCAGACGAAUUCAGCAUUUGCAAGAAAAUGGAGCCCAGGAUCAGAUCGUGCAGAAUUAGUUAAAGCGGUAAAGUUAAUUGUAUGGGAUGAGGCGCCUAUGAUGAGCAGAUACUGUUUCGAGACGUUGGAUCGCACUAUGCGUGAUAUUAUAAGAUCUUGUGAAGACAAACCUUUUGGGGGUAAAGUUGUUGUUUUCGGUGGAGAUUUCAGACAGAUUUUACCGGUUAUACCUGGAGGUGGUAGAGCAGAGACUAUUUUGGCGGCUCUGAAUUCGUCAUAUCUUUGGGAGCACUGCAAAGUUCUGAAGCUAACAAAAAACAUGAGAUUGCUGGCUGGUCUUACUGAUGAUGCAGCAAAAGAGCUUCAAUCCUUCUCAAAUUGGAUUUUGGAUAUAGGAGAUGGAAAAAUAAAUUUGCCUAACGACGGUCAAGUUGAGAUUGACAUCCCUUCUGAUUUGCUGAUACAAAAUAGUGGAGAAGACCCUAUUGAGACUAUGGCAAAAGAGGUUUAUGGACAAGCUUUUCAAACUUCUACAGAUAAGGAUUUGUAUAGACAUCGAGUCAUUCUUACUCCCACAAAUGAUGAAGUGGAUAAAAUAAAUGAUUACAUGCUUUCGCAGUUGUCAGGUAACAUGUUUUAUCAUUUAUUCUUAUGUUCAACUAACUUUGUACAUAUCACUAAACAAACGGAUUUACAUAUGCUUUCAGGAGAAGAGAAGGUUUACCUUAGCUCUGACAGUAUUAUCCCAUCCGAUGUUGACAUAGAAGAAAAUGUCGUAUAUCCUGCAGAGUUUUUGAACAGUGUUGAAGUGGCUGGACUGCCUAGACAUUGCUUGAAGCUCAAGGUUGGUGCUCCUAUCAUGUGUCUUCGUAACAUGGAUGUUGCAGAUGGUUUAUGUAAUGGUACUAGGCUAAUUGUUACUCAGUUACUGCCCCAUGUGAUAGAAGGUAGAAUUAUAACCGGAAACAAAAUUGCUGGACAUCCGGUUUGGAUCCCUAGAAUGUUUGUCACACCACCUGACACCAAGUUCCCCUUCAGAAUGCGUCGAAGACAGUUUCCAGUUACUUUGGCUUUCGCGAUGACCAUCAACAAAAGUCAAGGUCAAACACUGGAAAGUGUUGGGUUGUUUCUGCCUAGGCCAGUGUUCUCUCAUGGUCAGCUCUACGUUGCACUUUCAAGAGUUAAGUCGAGAUCUGGAUUAAAAAUCCUAAUAACUGGUAAAGAAGGGAAAAUGCAGACAAAAACAUUGAAUGUUGUCUACAAACAAGUUUUUCAGAAUAUUCCAUAGUCACGGUAUGUAAUUUUAAUCUACUUUCUUUUCAAAUACAAAAUUUUAAGUAUAUAGACUGUUACAAUUAUUUACUUUUUGUAUUUUCCAGAUGGGUAGUGAUGAGUUAGGAACUGAUUGUAUUCAGGAGCAUCCCGUUUUCUGACUAUUUCGAUGAAAGUAUGUCUACUUUAAUAUUAUUUCAUGUUAACUUUUAUUUUGAAACUUAUAAAUCUUUCAAAUAAUGUUAAUCCGACAAAUUACUUACAAAAUGUAUUUAUUUUUUUGCAGGUUUCUAAAUUAUUUUGCAUUAUUUUUCGACAAUUGUACUUCAUAAUUUAUAUUGUUUAUGGAUAAUUUUUCGAAUUUUUUUAAUUAUAUUUUCUUUUACUAUGUCUACACAAAUUUUUUUUUAUUAUUAAUGUAAAAAAAAUAUUAUUCACCAACAUAAAUAUUUACGACAGAUAUACAAUACAUUUCCAAUUUAUGAUAAUAUAAAAUUUGAAUCUUCUAAAACUAUGCACUAUUUAUUCCAUAUUUUGAAUGAAAGUUUCUUCGUAAACAUACAAAUUAUUUUGGGACGUUGCAAUUAUACAUACACACAAUAUCUGCCUCUUCAUACUGAAGUUACUUUGUUUCCUCUCGUCCAUCUCAAAUUGGUGUGCGAUCUUUUUUCCAUGCCUGAUAAAUUCUCCCAAAGAUGGUGGUAUUAUUAUAAAAUCCGUUACUUAUAAAAUUAUAUAUGAUUUAGUCCAUAUUUUGAAUUUUCUUAUGCCCGCACAUAGUGCUGGCCGGUCACCUAGUUUAAAUUAAAUUUAAAAAAAGACGAUAACGGUUAGGUUCGGGUAAGGACAGUUUUUUAUGUUUAGUCCGACUUUAGAAUAGCAGAAGACAUACUACCUCCCCAAACUUUCUAUAAUAUCUACUUUACAUAACCGGUUUUCCGGGUGGAAAAACUAAUCAAAUUGUCUACGAAACUGUAUAAAAAGAAGCAAAUUGUCAUUAAAAAGGGAAAAAAUAUUAAUAGACAAACACACAACAUACCUAAUCCAUGUAUGUAAUAAUGUUCUUGGCAAGACUAAUGUUAACCUUGUUUUAACUGAGUAAAUCAAACAAGUUACAAUCUAGUUUAAGUGAGUAAACUGAAUCUAAAACCAAAUACAGUAGAUGCCAUAAAAAAAAAAAAACCAAAUACAGUAUAACCUCUAUUAAUACUCUCUAAAUUAAACAAUAACUAUAAAUUAAUUUUUUUCCUAUUGGCUUUCUUUUUGCUAAUAUGGACCAUCUAUUUUGGAGAGUUAAUCCAAAGAUGGAGAAGUCGAAUAAAAUAUUCAGUAACCUUGAUAUUGAUUCGAGGAAAACAUUUCAAUUAGCAUGAAUCCUAUGGUACAUUUGGAAGGGUCGGAACAAUAAAAUAUUCAGUAACCUUGAUAUUGAUCCGAGGAAAACAUUUAGAUUAGCAGAAGUCGAAUCAACACUUUGGGCUGAGGCA